AUGUCAUUCCUCUCCCUCCCAAAUGAAAUAAUCCUCCAGAUAGCGGAGGGCCUCUCCCCGGCUCAGCUCAACUCCCUUUUACGGGCAAACCGCCGUCUAGCAAACCUCAUCCCGCAUGUCCUGCUGGAAACCCUCUUCCGCACGUGCUCACCACGCCUCGGCGCCUUCGCCCUCUUCAAUGCAGCGGAGCGGAAUGAUUGGCGAGUCGUCAAGCGUCUUGUCGACCGCGGGAUCCUCGCCUUCGCCGGUGGCGGUUUCUUGCUUAAUCGUGCGGUCGAGCUGACGCGCAGCGAGCGGGUUGUGGCGACGUUGUUGGCCUACGGUGUUGAAGCGGAUGCUUGGAUGUCUGGAGGGCCUCGUUUUAUGAAGACGCCGCUGUGGAUAGCGGCUGAUAUGGGUUGCCGGGAUAUCGUUAGGCUGUUGUUGGCGAGGGAGGACGUUGAUCCCAAUGGGCAGGGUUGUGGGACGCCAUUGGUCGCGGCUGUCAGGAGGAAUGAUGUUUCAAUUGCAAGACUGCUGCUGUGCAAUCCCCUGACGAGGGUCGAUCCUCCGGGCCGGAGCGAUGAUGCACCGCUGCAGAUUGCGCUGGAGAACGAGUGCUUGGAGAUGGUCCUACUUCUCGUAGUGGAUAGCCGGACCGACGUCAACGCAGCUUUCAAUACGGGAUGGUCACCGCUACACUUGGCUGCCAGCACGGGCAACGAAACAAUUGUGCGCAUCCUCCUAUCAGACCCAAGCAUCCGCGUGAACGCGCAAAACCACCGAGGCUGGACGCCGCUGCACCAAGCCGUCUGUGAAGGCUCCGCAGCGGUGGCGCGGAUCCUUCUCUCGGAUGAGAGAUCGGACGUC